GAAUUGCGAGGGGCAUUGGUGCAAUGGAUUGGGACAAGCAGCAUGGGGCAGGUGGGUGACAUCAGUGUUAAGAGAGCCCAGUGUUGAGGUAACAGCUGCUCUGCCUUACAGGAGAUUGGAGGGGGACUCCGCUGACGUCCUCUGAAUCUCCCUCAAGGAGAAACACGCAUAUCGACAAAAACAAGUAGGGCGCCUUGGAUCGACGCUGCUUGCUUUCGUGGAAAUGUGUUUUGACGUUUUGCUGCCCGCAUCCAGCAUCCAGACAGGCGCGUGCGUUAUAAAAUCCUCGAUGCAUUCUCUUCCCACCAUCCAUGUUUCCGGACCUACAGCCAUAACAACAACCUCAUCAUCCUCACCACAGUGAAGGUGAUGAAGCUGGUGGUGAGAUGGUCACAGCCGAGAGACUAUUUGAGAAGAUACGCGUGCACUUGAUGUGUGAAGGGCACGGAGGAGACGGAGAGCGCGGGCGGGUAAUGUGGCGUUGUUCACGCGACUUCGCCGCUCUCGAGCAACCGUAUCGGGACCAGCGGCGGAUGGGGUGACUUACCCGAGGGCCGCCACAUCCUGAAGCCAUCCCCGGGGUGCCUCCGUGGGGCUAGAGGGACGGAGGAAAGAUGCAGGAGGCGACGGCAGAUGGAGAGGAGCCCAUUCUCAACGGAGCUGGGAGGGAAGAGCAGCGUCCGGUGAAGCAGUCCUUGGCUGCGUCUCUGUGUCGUGAGUCUCACUGGAAGUGUCUUCUCCUCACUCUGCUCAUGUUCGGCUGUUUUGGCACACUGGCCUGGUGCAAGCUGUGCAAAGUUCCAGUGCUAGCUCCGACAGAGCCCGAGGCUGCGGUUGUGGAGCCUGGAGACCCCUCUACGACCUCAGCUAGCUCCGAUGUCUACAUCCCCCUAGAAGUGGAUCUGGAUAGUCCUUGUUCCAGUGGCUACAUUUAUAUUCCUCUCGCUUUCCUGGCAAUGCUGUACGUGGUCUAUCUGGUGGAAUGCUGGCACUGCUACUCCAAGACGGCCAUGUUGGCUCAAGCAGAGGUUGCGGAGGUUUAUGAGCGUGUGCAAAGGCUGCAGCAAGCAACGCCGUGCAUCUGGUGGAAGGCCAUCAGUUACCACUACGUUCGGCGCACAAGGCAGGUAACGCGCUACCGCAACGGGGACGCUUACACAACUACGCAAGUGUAUCAUGAGCGUGUGAACACACAUGCUGCGAGCUCAGAGUUUGACUAUGCAAGGUAUGGUGUCAAAGAUGUUUCGAAGGAGCUUAGAGGACUAAUGGAUUACCCAGCGGUGCGCCUGCGCUUCACCAAAUGCUUUAGUUUCGCCAGUGCCCGAGCGGAGGCUGCCUACCUCACCCAACGUGCACGCUUUUUCGGUGAAAACGAAGGGCUUGAUGAUUACAUGGAGGCACGGGAGGGAAUGCAUUUGAAGAACGUGGACUUCCGUGAGCACAUCCUUGCUUUCCCGGACCCGGCCAGACAGCCCUGGUAUGCCAGGCGUAAAGUUUUCUGGCUGGCCUCGGCUCUGCUCUUGUCCUGGCCCCUUCGGGUUGUUGCGGAGUAUCGCACUGCGUACGUGCACUACCACGUAGAGAAACUGUUCGGCGAUGCUGAUGAUAACAGCAGGGGUGACGUGACUGAGAAUGGUACGGCUAACGAGAAUGGAAACGGACCUGGACCUGGGACCGGAUCGAGCUAUCGUGCCAUUUCACGUGUUAAUACUGUAGACAUGACGGAGCUGGAGUGGCACAUUCGCUGCAACCAGCAAAUGGUGCCUAGCUACUCUGAGGCCCUGCUGAUGGAUCCUGGUUCGGGGGGUAACCAAGGUACCAACACUCCUCCAGCCGGGCAGGGGACUAACUCAACAACAGGUGGCCCGACUCUUCCAGUGGCCUUCGCUUCGGCAUACUUGCUCCAGAACUGUCCUCGAUGCCGACGCACUACAAGCAGUGCUUCCUUGCCGUCCCGGCUGAGAGGCCCAACUGCAGCCCUGCUGAGUGGAACCAUGGCUGGGAUGAGAGCAAGUGGAUCAGGAGGUGGCCCUGGAGGCCCGGGGCGGCUGGUUUUGAGCAGGAGCGGCUUCUCAUUGGGGAGGCUCCAGGCUCCUCGGCCGUCGUCCCUCUUCCACUCCCGAAGUGUAGGUGGAGGACUUGCAACAAGAGGAGAAGAGGCGAGUGGGGGAGGUGGUUUCUUAGGUUUGGGAGCUAGACAAGAUGAAGAGAGCAGAAGAGUGCUGGGGGGAGAGGGAGAUGAGGAUGAGGAGGUGCCAAAUGCGGUGGAAAGAGAAGAAGGCGGCGAAGAGAGAGACGGGGAGGAAAGAGAGCAACAGGAGGAUGCAGAAGAGGAGGAAGCAAGGGAAGGAGACAGACCUCCUACUUAUCAGGAUGCCUUUUUCUUCCCUGUGUUGAUUGUGCAUGGAGAGGAGAGUUGUCAUUCAGGUGAGGACAUUUCCUGAAGAGCCCCCAUCAAAAAGCUUUGAGGUAGCAGGGAAAAAAUAGAUGAUUAGGAAAGUCGUGGCCAAAUAGAAUGUGAUGGAAGUCAGUUGUGAAUUGAGCUCCACUCCCCUUAGUCACUGUUGCUAACUCGGACAAACUUCAGAAAAUAUACCAUAGGAAUGAAUUUGGGAUAUACAUACCCAGUGCAUUUUUACAUUGUAAUGCAUGCAUAUAAUAAAAUAGUUUUAUAAAAUAUUUAAGUGAAAAUCGAUGAAAAAAAACGAAAAUACACCAUUUUUUUAAAAAAAGAUUGAUACGCAUUUGGUGUAAAAGAACAGAAAAAAAUACAAAUGAAGCUUGUAACUCUAUGGACCUGGCAGCAAUGUCUUACCAUAAUAUUUGUUAAAUUGCAUUUAAAAGAUCCAAUCUCUCAGAUCCACUGGAGGAAAAAAGCUUGUCUCAGAAAACAAUGAAUGGCAACAGUUGCUAAGUGGGAUUGGUCAAUGUUUUUUAAGGCAGCACUUAGAGAAUGGUCAGUUGGUUCAGUUUAAGACUGAUGCAUAAAUUGACCAAACAUUGAUUGACAUUAAUAUAAACUUAUCUAUGCAAUAAAGAAACAGAGUGUGUUUGUAAAAAUGUAAGGGGAUGCACAACAGAAGAAGAACCUUCAAUAAACUGCACCUCCGUUCAUGGAACAAAAGACAUGCUGUUAAAAGACAAAAGACUAUUGGAAAGUCUUCCAAAGAUCAUGAAGAGAACAGAACAAUUCAGUUCAUCAUGGAAUGUUAUUAAUCUAUACACAUAGCCAACAUAUAGCUGUGUCCCACAAGUCAAAAAAUCAAAAAGUUUUGCUUUACUUAAAGAAGAAAAAAGAGGAACUUCAUUAACUUGCACAAAAUGUCGGGAUUCAGCUUCUUGUGACCUUUCGUUGUAACUAUUUGUUUAAUUGUUUUUUUCUUAUUAUUACUCUCACUGCAUCUCCUGUUCUUACGAAACAGAUCUUUGACAGAACUAACGUAUUCCAUUAUUAUUGUGAGGAAUAUAACCAUUAAGCCAUUUUCUUGCAGCUUCAUUGAGAGUCUUUUCUUUCUGCAGGCUUGCAAGUCCCAGUAACACGUUUUCGGUUCGCUUAUCACAAAACUAGUAAAAGUUUGUGGAGAUGUUUCCUCAGCUGAAACUACAGCACUAAAUCUUGCUGUUGUGAGGUGCUGUAAUCACGUUUUGUUCACUGUAUGUAUUUUAUAUUUAUUGUUAGUCGAUAAUUGUUUAUUUGUACAUCAUAUCACCAAUUUGCCUCAUGAAGAGCUUGACACAGAAGAGCACCUCACAGACAUAAAUAAUGGUACAGCAUGUUGCCCUCCAUCGUAGCCUCUGUGCUCGUCUUUGAUUGGCUGAAGCGUCAUGUGAAUAAAUAGGCCAGUCGUAGAUGAGACUGCUUAGUGUGCCAAGAUACAUCUAUCUCCUGGUAACUGUGGAUCCUCGUGAGACAUCUUAGUAGUGAGUUCAUUGCAGCAUACACAUGUGAAUGUUUAAUAAUUGGAAAAUGCAACGCAAAUCUUCCUACUUGUGUUAUGCUGUCAAGCUUCAAAUAUAAUCUGCAAAUACACACUGGAAGCAGAAACGCACACGCUUAGUCCUAUCAUAAGCCUACAGCAUGCAGACAUGCUUUCUCAUUUAUCCUUUAGCAGGUCACGUAGAUGUUGCAACUGUACUGCAAAUAAUUUAAAACACCUUUGAUUAAGAAAAAGACGAUGUUUUUGCAAUAUUGUCAAAAUGUUCUGUCACAAUGUGAAUGUCGAUCUAACAGUGAUGUGGUGUCUGUUUAAAUCACAAUGAGAAUGUAAAGUAUGUCAUCUGUGUUUGACAGUGCAGUGUGUUUCAUCCAUUCGCCUCUUGUUGAUACCCAGAUGGUGGAAACUUGGAUUCCCGGAAUACUUGAAUUUAUAGAAAUCGGAAUUGUUCAAUUGGAUGCACAACUGUUUUCUGGAGUUUAGAUGGAUUAUGAAAGUGUUUUUUUUUUUUUUUUAAGUUGCAGAAGGUUAAGGCAGUCUUGAAAUACACUGUAUGUUUGGCGAGCGUGUUUAUUCAUUGUUUUUUUUCGUCUGCCCUUUUGAAACUGACAUAAAAACUCCCUUUAACAUUUAAUGGUAGCAUUAAAAUCAAAAAGCAAUACUUUUUGUGACAAAGACAUUUCAGAUGUAGCUAAAUUCGCUGAGACGUUCGCAGGAUACAGAAUGUUUCAUUUGUGCUGUUUAAAUAAACAGGAGCUUUACAUUUGUCCCUCCCAAAAUUACGAGUUUGUUCGCAAGCAAAAUAUUGCUGUUAUGCCUCAAACAGGUUUACCUGAACUAUGUCUUACAGUGAAUUGUCUUGGAUUUAUGAAAGGAGGUAUGUAAGAGAUUGUGUGUGUGUGUGUGUGUGUGUGUGUGUGUGUGUGUUGGAGGGCAGGCUGAAAAUAAGGAUUGUCACAGCUGAUGAUCUUGAUAAACGUAAUACUGAUGGUACAUAAUAAACAGCUUGAUUUAAAAUCUUA